UGGCGGAAUCAGUAUUUAUAAAGAAAUAAAAAUCUUGUUAUCCAGCAAGAUGUUGCGUUAUUUCUUGGCAGUAGCAGCAAUAUCACUAUUAUCGACUCAGUAUGGAGAGUGUGCUAAAAUUUUAGGUAUUUUUCCAUUAAAUGGUCACAGUCACUGGACUCCAAACAAGGCUCUAUUGGAAGCUUUAGCAAAUCGUGGACAUGAAGUCACUGUCGUUGGUCAUUUUCCAAGAAAAACUCCUUUGCCAAAUUACAAAGAUAUUAGUUUGGCAGGAACCUUACCAGACUUCGUAAACAAUGUAAGUUACUCCUUCGUCACUCAAAUGGGGUUCAUGGGUGGAGCCCUGGUUAUAUGGACUAUGGCAGGAGCUGAACUGUGCAAAAAUCUAUUGCACACACCACAGUUCCAAGAAUUAGCUAAAUCCAAUGAAAAGUAUGAUUUGAUCAUAACAGAAACUUUUGGUACCGAUUGCUUUUUGAGUUUUGUUGACAAGUUCAAAACUCCUUGGAUUUCCAUGUCGUGUGCAACUCCUUUCGACUGGAUGGCAGAACAGAUUGAUAUGCCAAUAUUGCCAAGUACUUCUCCUUUGAUGUUGACAUCAUAUCCUGAUAAAAUGGACUUUUGGGAACGCACUGGUAACUUCUUGAUGCACAUUGGAAUUUUCUUCGGGUAUCAUUACGUAUCAAGAAUUCCCUCACAACGUGUGGCACGAGAAGUGUUGCCACAAACUCCUGAUUUGUAUGAUUUGAGCCGAAGUGCUAGUUUACUUUUAUCCAACAGUCAUUUCAGUUUAACAGGGUCCAGACCAGGAGUUCCUGCACACGUCGAAGUCGGUGGAAUUCACAUUACUCCAGAACCAAGUCCUUUGCCAAAGGAUAUCCAAAAACUCCUUGAUGAUGCUAAGCAAGGUGUGAUAUACUUCAGUUUUGGAUCAAUGAUUCAAUCCGAGACUAUUCCUAGACAAUCUUUAGAAGCCAUGCUCGCUGCAUUUGCCAAAAAACCUCAUUUGGUUUUAUGGAAAGCAAACCCUAAAAACUUCCCACCAGGUUUAGUUUUGCCUAAAAACGUGGUAACACAAAAAUGGUUACCGCAGAGAGAUAUUCUUGCUCAUCCAAAUGUUAAGGUGUUUGUAACUCAUGGCGGUCUCUUGGGCACAAUGGAAGGAGUUUACUGUGGAAUUCCAAUGAUUGGAGUCCCAAUGUUUGGUGAUCAAUUAUCAAAUAUCAAAAAUUACGUUCGAAGAGGCAUCGCACUCAUGGUGAACGUGCAAGAAAUUGAAGAAAAGUUUGAAAAAUCCCUAAAUGAAGUUUUGACUGACAAAAAAUUCAAGGAAACUGCUCUCAAAGUAUCAAAACAAUUCAAAGACCGUCCGGCGCCACCCUUAGAUACUGCAGUUUUCUGGACAGAGUACGUUUUGCGUCAUCAAGGCGCUCCACAACUGCGGACACCUGGUAAAUUCCUAAAAUGGUACCAAAUCUGGUUGUUUGAUGUUAUCGGAUUUGUGGGAGCUGUGGUUCUAGGCAUUCUGUUUGUCCUGUAUUUUACCUGUAAAAUGGCAUUCAGGUCGUGCAUGAAAUCGACGCCAAAAGACAUUCGUAAAAAAAAGAAUUAGUAUUAAAACAUGAUUUAAGAUCAAAAAUUAUUGACAGGAAUAUUACCAAAGAUCCAAGCACUUAUUCAGAAUACUGGAGAUUCUUUAUAAGUUGAACUGA